AUGACAACAUCAGAAUUUGUCUUUAUGCCUCCACCUGAAGCACCUGUGUUUUAUCCAACAUACGAUGAAUUUCAAGACCCAUUAGAAUAUAUAGAAAAAAUUCGACCUAUCGCUUCCAGAACAGGAAUAUGUAAAGUUGUGCCACCGAAAGAUUGGCAGCCUCCAUUUUGUGUUCAAAUUGAUAAUUUUAAAUUUACUCCCCGUAUUCAGCGUAUCAAUGAAUUAGAAGCUGGAACUCGUAUAAAAUUAACAUUUUAUGAAAGAUUAACUCGCCUAUUCGAUUCACAAGGAAUCAAAUUGAAAAUACCAACUGUUGAAAAACAAACAUUAGAUUUAGCCAAACUACACAAAAUCGUCAAAGAUGAAGGUGGCUAUGAUGUUUGCUGUUCACAAAAGAAGUGGUCAUUGAUCUCACGUAAAAUGUUAUUUCGCGAUGCACAAACAAGCCGCACAUUAAAACAACAUUAUGAAAAAUUAUUAUUAUCAUACGACGUCUAUGAAGCCGGCAUUUAUCAAGCAUCAAAAGAAACGUCUUCACAAGACACGAGCGCAGAUAUAUUACUACCAAAACAAUCUGCGCCCCUUCUUUCGAAUCCGCCACUUCGAAGAAGAAAUGAUGAAUCAGAUUUUCAAAUUGAUUAUACAGCAAGUCCGGAAUUGAAAAAAUUACAGUUUCAUGAUCCUGGCCCAAAAACAGCUGUACCACCAUUCACUACUACGCACAUCAAGAAAAAUGAACCAGUUGCUCCCAUAUCAUCUUCUUCAACAGCUGCACGUAACACUGGAAAAAGAAAUGAAACAAUUAUAGAAGAUCCAUUUGAUAGUUUUCUAUGUAAAUCUUGUAAUCGUGGUGAUGAUGAUGCGUAUUUGUUAAUUUGUGAUUUAUGUGAUAAUUGUUAUCAUACAUAUUGUCUUAUUCCGCCAUUAACUGAAAUACCAAGAGGGCAAUGGAGGUGUCCAAAGUGUGUGGCGCAAUUAUAUCAGACAGCGUGUCCAUUAGAUGCCUAUGGUUUUGAGCAGUCUCGUAAACAAUACACAUUGCAAGAAUUCGGAAAAAUGGCAGACACUUUCAAACAAGAAUAUUUUCAAAAGCAAUCGCAUGUAAGUUACUCUAUCGUGCGAUCUGUUGUUAUUAUUUUUUUUUUCUGUCGUUGAAAGGAUAUCACAUGUGAAGAAGUUGAAAAAGAAUUCUGGCGAGUGCUGGCUUCGCCAACAGCUUCAGUCAAGGUUGAAUAUGGAGCUGAUUUACCAACAGGUUUCCAACUUCUCAGCACUUGUACCGGGUACGCCAUACCACGUCUUUGGUUCACCCCUAUAAUAAUACAAGUAGAAAACUAU